AUGGGCCUGACGCCAGGCUGCUGGGUGUCAGGGCACCCGAGGGAGCCGGAGGUGGGGCGAGGCGUGGCACCGCGCCGCAUGCUCACCUGGCCCUGCAUGGCAACAGGCAAUGGAGCUCUAGGUCCCUUGGGCUGCGGACCCACGCCCGGUUCGAGAGGCAGCGGGUGGCAGAGGAGGGAGGGCAAACUGGCAGCCCCUGGCAACCUGGGGCUGACGGCAGGAGGCUGGGCACACCGCGGAUUUCCCCCCGCCGGCAGGAUGGUGAACCUGGAGUCCGUGCACGCAGCUGUCCCCGAAGGAGAAAGUGGCCCCGGCUGUGGUGGCAGUCAUCACUUCAAGGAGAUCAAGAUGAGCGGGGAUGCGGCAGAUUCCACAGACACCCGGCACGAACCUGACCAGGUGGAGCCAGGGAAUGAACAGAAUGGGCUGGACUUUAACAGGCAGAUUAAAACCGAGGACCUCAGCGACUCCUUGCAACCUGCCAUCCCCCCUCGGUCGGGUCACCUCGUGCAGGGAUCAUCCAUGAUGCCAGGCAGCCAAAUCGCAGGGGACAUGAGCUCUCUCCACACCCUGCAGCAGCUGGUGUUGCUUCCUGGGCACAUGCAGUCAGUCCCCCAGUUCCUCCUGUCCCAGUCUCAGGCAGGACAACAAGCUUUGCAGCCAAACCUCCUCUCCUUCCCUCAGCAACAGGGCAGCCUCCUCCUCUCCCAGCCCGGACCCAGCCUGGCCUCCCAGGCUGUGGGUCGCUCUGGCCUCCCUGGCUCCUCGGUUGAACCCCACCUGGACGUCCCCCAGCACUUGCAAGUGGCAAAGCACCUGACCCCAGCAGGAGCUUCCGAGGAGCCCAGCGACCUGGAGGAGCUGGAGAAGUUUGCAAAGACUUUCAAACAAAGGAGGAUCAAGCUGGGGUUCACACAGGGGGACGUUGGCCUGGCCAUGGGGAAGCUCUACGGCAAUGACUUCAGCCAGACCACGAUCUCCCGCUUCGAGGCUCUCAACCUGAGCUUCAAGAACAUGUGCAAGCUGAAACCCCUGCUGGAGAAGUGGCUCAGUGAUGCAGAAUCUGCUCCUUUGGAUUCCUCCAUGAGCACCCCCAAUUCCUACCCCUCAGUGAACGAGAUGUUUGGACGGAAAAGGAAGAAGAGGACCAGCAUCGAGACCAACAUCCGCUCCACCCUGGAGAAGAGAUUCCAAGAUAACCCCAAGCCCAGCUCAGAGGAGAUCUCCUUGAUAGCAGAGCAGCUCUCCAUGGAAAAGGAAGUGGUUCGGGUCUGGUUCUGCAACCGGCGCCAGAAGGAAAAGCGGAUCAGCUGCCCGAUGCCAUCCCCCAUCAAAUCACCCAUCUACAACUCCAGACUGGUGAGGGACUUCAGGUUCAACCUCCUGAUGACAUCCUCGUGCUCCCCAGGGAACUCCAGCAGGCCCUCGUCCCCUGGCAGUGCCCUCCAUGCCACCAGCCCCGGCACAGCCCAGAGCAACUCCAAAGCUGCCAUGAACUCCUCUGGCUUCAACUCUUCAGGCUCCUGGUACCGAUGGAACCAACCCACCUACCUCCACUGA